CUUUGAAACCGGUUUCGGAAUGGCUUCGACUCCAGCGACUCCGGACGCGCUGCAAAGCGAUCUGCUGUCGCCCGGCACGCAGAUCUGGGUGGCCGACAAGGCGCUGGGAUGGCGUGCAGCCACCAUCGUCACCGCGACGCCAGUGUCGGGCGCAGCAGCAUCGACCGCGAACGCGGCGGCGGCAGCUGCAGCAGCGAGCGCAGCAGGCGCGCUGGCUCCGUUCGGCAAGCAGGGAGGGCCCACCGCUGCGGCAGCGGCGGCUCACAGUCAGCUGUACACGAUCGAAGUCGAGCUGGACGGCGGCAGCGCCGAGCGCAAGACCAUCGGACCGCUGCGCGAAGGUGAUCUGUGCGUCAACAAUCCAGCUCGUCUCGACGGCGUCGACGACAUGACCACCCUGAGCUACUUGCACGAACCAGCGGUGCUCAACUGCAUCGAUGUCCGCUAUGGUCGAGGAACCAUCUACACGUACUCUGGCAUUGUGCUCGUGGCCGUCAAUCCGUUCCAAAACAUGCAGGGCCUGUACACGAAUGACAUGAUUGCUGCGUACCGAGACGUGCCGAUGGGCCACCUCGAUCCGCACCUCUUUGCCGUGGCCGAAGAGGCAUUCACACGCAUGUCGCGCUUGUCCGAGUCCCAGUCGGUGAUUGUGUCGGGCGAGUCGGGUGCAGGCAAGACAGUCAGCGCCAAGUAUAUUAUGCGCUACUUGGCCACGGUCGGCGGUGUCGACUCGGCAGGCAGCAUGGCGGCCGGCGCACACUCAACGCAGGUGGUCGAGCGCCAAAUCAUGGCGUCCAACCCGCUGAUGGAAGCGUUGGGCAACGCCAAGACCACGCGCAACGACAACAGCUCGCGCUUUGGCAAGUACAUUCAGAUCCAAUUCAACGCCUCAAAUCGCAUCAAAGGCGCGUCGAUCUGCACCUAUCUCCUUGAAAAGUCUCGCGUCGUGUUUCACGCCAAAGAGGAGCGCACCUACCACAUUUUUUACCAGAUGUGCGCCGGUGCUUCGGAAGACGACCGCCUGGCAUGGAAGCUCGACCAAGUGUCUGGGUACCGCUACCUGUCGCAGGGCAACCCAGUCGUGGAAAGCAUUGACGACGCUGCCGAUUACGCCGAAACGCGCAAGGCCAUGACCACUGUGGGCAUUUCGAGUCUGGACCAGCAGGGCAUUUUCCAGCUGCUGUCGACCAUCCUUCUCCUCGGCAACGUGAACAUUGUCUCGUCUCGACGCGCCGACUCGUGCGUCAUUGACUCGGACACGGACGUGGCGCUGCGUCAGGCGUGCGUCUUCCUGGGUGCAGAGGCCGACCAGCUUGCCAAGUGGCUCACGAAUCGCAUGAUUUCUGUGGGCAAGGAGCGCGUCACCAAGCCGCUGACGCAACAGCAGGCCAGCGACACGCGCGAUGCCUUUUCCAAGCUGCUCUAUGCCACAUUGUUUGAUUGGGUGGUGGCUCGCGUCAACACGUCGCUGAAGGACACGAGCGUGGCCGCCACCACGCGCGCCUUCAUUGGCAUUCUUGACAUUUAUGGCUUUGAGAGCUUCCAGUUGAACUCGUUCGAGCAGUUCUGCAUCAACUACGCCAACGAAAACCUGCAGCAGCAGUUCAACCGCCACGUCUUCAAGCUCGAGCAGGAGGAGUACGUUCGCGAGGAGAUUGCCUGGUCGUUCAUUGGCUUUGUGGACAACCAGCCCUGCCUCGACUUGAUUGAGGCCAAGAUGGGCAUUCUCGAUCUGCUCGAAGAAGAGUGCAAACUGCCCAACGGCACCGACGACAACUUUGUCCAAAAGCUAAUCACUGCGCACAAGCAGCACGCCUUCUUUGUGGUGCCAAAGAUUGGCAAGGGCGUCUUCACUGUCAAGCAUUACGCGCACAGCGUCACGUACAGCGUCGAGAACUUUAUCGAGAAGAAUCGCGACAAGAUUGCUGACGAGCUGCUCGCCAUUGUCCGCUCGUCGUCCGUCCCAUUCCUGUCCAUGCUCUUCUCGGAGGAGCGUGUGGCUGCCGCCGCUGCUGCCGCCUCUACCGCCCUGAAGGGAACGGAAAAGGGUCGCUCGAACGCCUCCAAGCUCAGCACGGUUGGCUCGCAGUUCCGCGCAUCCUUGGCGGUGCUCAUGGACACAAUCUAUCACACCAACACGCAUUAUGUGCGAUGCAUCAAGCCCAACAUGGCAAAGGAGCCGUUCGUGUUUGAUCGCAUUCACGUUCUCGAACAGCUGCGAGCAUGCGGUGUCCUCGAGACAAUCCGCAUCAGCGCGGCGGGAUACCCGAGCAAAAUGACGUAUGCCGAGUUCCGCGAGCGAUACCGCCCCUUCCUCACGCGCCAGCAGGCUGUCAACAACAAGGCCAACCUGGAGGUCGCCAAGAUUCGCGAGGCCUGCUCGCUCAUUCUGAACAGCACGUUCGACGCCGAGCAGUUCCAGCUCGGCAAGACGAAGAUCUUUUUGCGCGCCGGCAAGCUGGCCGUGCUGGAACGCCGUCGCGAGCGCCGUCUUGCCGAGUGCGCCGUGAAAAUCCAGUCCAACUUCCGUCGCUUUGUGGCUGUCAAGCGCUACCGCAAAAUCCGCAAGACCGCCAUCGGGCUCCAGGCAUUUGCGCGCGGAUUCCUGGCCCGCAAGCUUUGCGACAAUCUGCGGCGCACUCGCGCUGCCGUUCGCAUCCAAGCUGUUUGGCGCAUGCACGUGCAACGUGUUCGCUUCCUCGCCAAGCGACGCUCGGCGCUUCGCGUCCAGGCCCUUGCCCGCGGUCUGUUUGCGCGCCGUGUGCGACACGAGCUGCGUGCCGACAAGGCUGCCCGUGCUAUUCAGCGCGCUGCACGCGGAUGGAUGGCCCGCAACCGAUACCGCGCGUCGGUUCGUCAAAUCACGAUUGUGCAAUCCCUGUUCCGUCGCCGCCGCGCCGUCCGCGAAUUGCGCGCGCUGCGUGAGGAGGCUCGAUCGGUCAAUCGUCUGGUCCAAGUCAACUACACGCUUGAGAACAAGGUCAUUGAGCUGCAGCAGCGACUCGACUCGCAGACCUCUGAAGGCAAGGAUUUGCAGGAGGCCACCAAAACGCUCAAAGCGCAAAUUGCUGGCUUUGAGAAGAGCAAGGCUGAGACUACCGAGGCGACUCGCGCGCUCAAGACUCAGCUCAAGGAGGCCCAGACCAGCCAAGAGGAGACCCUGUCCGAGCUGGAGACCCUGCGCAAGGAGCUGGCUGCGUCCAAAGCGCGCGAGGCUGCCCUUGCUGCCCAACUCGCUCUGCUGGAAGCGUCCAACAAGCAGUUGCACGACAGCGUUCAUGCGCUUGAGGCGGACAAGUCCAACCUUGCAACCGAGAACGCCAGCCUCAAGACAUCGGUGGCAGAACUCGAACAGCGCGAGGCCAAACUGCAGGCGCUCACCCCCUCGACCUCGGUGUCGCAGCAGCUGUCGCUUCUCGCAAACAAGGAGAAUGUGGACCAGCAACACCAGGCCGACUUGCCCCACACGCCCGUCAAGACCCCUGGCGGCAACAACGAUGUUGGCACAUCCAUGACGCCCCUGCGCUUGGACCCCACGUCUCCCUCGAUGAUCACUCCGCAAAAGGCUGCUGUCGGCCCGCGCCGAACCGAUUCCCUUGCACUCCCAGACGAGCUAUCGGCGCAAUCGGAGUCCCUUGGCCAGCUGAUCGAGGAGGAGUUUGAGACCACCAUUGCCCUGUUGUCGUACGACCCUGACGAUGCGCAGCUGCUGCUGGACAUUAUUAUUCGUCGCAUGAAGCCGGCCUUGGUCAAGUUCAAGCCCGUCCCUGCACAAGUGCUUUUGCACUGCCUGCGCUUUGACGUGUACCUCAACCGUCCGGAGAAUUUGGCUCUGAUUAUGCCCAUGAUUGCGGAAGAACUCGACAAGAAGCUUACGGAGGUGGAGCAAGACUUCCAUCAAACGUCCUUCUGGCUCUCCAACUGCAUCCACCUCUUCCUCGGCUUUACCAACGACAAGGGGCCUGUGCGCAUUUCGACUGCCGAUCUUGUCCAAGACCUCGAAAAGAUUAUCGCCAAGGCCUACCGGCGCAUGAUUCAGCAACUGCAAGAGCAAAUUGGCCCGCUCGUCAUGGCUGUGAUUGAACACGAGCAGGCGCCUGGCGUGCCGCUGUCCAAAGCGCCCACGUCCUUCUUUGGCCUGUUCCGCCGCAACACGCCCGAUCCGUCCUCUCUCGCACGCAUGGAUGGAUUGCUGCAGUUCCUGUCGGAGAAGCUUGCCGUGCUCAAAUCGAGCUACACCGAGCCCUCCAUCAUGGUGCAGGCGUUUGCUACCAUCUUCACCUAUGUGGAUGGCCACCUGGUCAACAAGCUCUUGCUGCGCCGUGAUCUGGCAACGUUCAACCGCGGUAUUCACAUUGAGUUCAACCUCGAUCAGCUUCGCCUGUGGGCCAAGUCCAACGGCUUGCCUGAAAAGUCGUCGUGGGGUCGACUGGUGCAUGUGCGCGAGGCGGCCAUGGUGCUGCAGCUCCGCAAGAAGACGCUCGAUGACAUGGAUGCCAUGAGCGAACGCUGCCCCCACCUCAACCCGAUGCAGCUGCAAAAGCUGCUCCAGGCCUACCAUCAUGACGACUUUGAUGAGACUGUUUCGAGCUCGUUCAUUCAGCGCGCCGUGAACGCCGCAACGCGUCGUGGCGUCCAGCCACAAGAGGUGGCUCCUUCGGUGGACGUCAUGUCCCCCGGCAAACAGGUCGCCGCCGCCAUGGCCUCCACGCUCGUAGUGACUGAAUCGGACGUCAUUUUGCCACCCAACCUGAAAGCCCGCAGCUUUGUCCUGCACAACACGCGCAUCCCCGAGCAUCUCGGCCUGCACUUCUUGGAGCGCAUGGAGCUCUAGUUUUGCCUGUUGAGUGUUUUUCGUUAUCUCUUGUUGCUGUAUGUCGAGUGUCAAAGUUUGUGUUGAUUCCAAUGAAAUUCGGCUUUUUUCGUACGA